AAGCAAAGACGCGUGUAGCAUUGCAACGUCAACGUGUACAAUUUAUAGGGUCCCGCUAAUAGUUUAACAAAUUGCCAUUAUUCACGCAACUGUAAACAUUAGUAACGUUUGUCGUUUGAGGAAAAGUGUUGAGUGUUGAAGCCCGAAAACCACGUGAAAGAAGUAGGCGAUACGUGCAAGUUGAUUGGAUUUGUCGAGCGUAGAAGUGUUAUCUGUGUUUUUGAGUUAUCAGCUUUAACCGAAACGAAUUGAAAAAUCUUAUCUGCAAAGCUACUUCGAAAAGAAUUCGCAGUGUUCACUGCACGUAUAAAAAAAGAGCUUUAAUCGAGUGCGAUAAAAAGCUAUUAAAGUACACGUCGUCGAUAAGCAUGUCAGUGGUGGAGGAUUAUGAAAUUCGCGUAGCCAAUAAACACGAGAUCCCGUUAAUAAACGCACUGUUGGAGAAAUAUUUUCAUCCCGAGGAGACGCUGCUAAAGUGCAUGUUGUCGAGCCAAGAGUGCAGCGCGGAACAAUUAGCUGAAAUUGACGUCGAUCAACGCAGGAUAAACGAGGCGAUGAUCGUUAACUUCCCGUGUCUGCUGGCGGUUCACGCGUCCAGCGCGGAAAUCGUGGGUGUGAACGUGAUGAUCGCUAGCGAGAACCCGAAAUUGGUCGACGGCGAUCGCCGAUCGAUCGACGUCUACGAGGCGCACCGACCCAAGUCCGCGUUGCUCGCCGAUUACUUUCGCCGCAUGAACGAGAUGAUCGACCAGGCCGAGUUGUUCGUCAAGUUCCCGGCGGCCGAGCGGGCCUUGGAGUUUUACGCCGUGGCCGUCGGCGAGCAGCAUCGACGCAGAGGCUUAGCCACGAGACUGAUGAAGGAGGGCUUGGAGCUCGCCAAGGGGACCGGCGUCAAUUUGGUGUUCGGAUACGCGCUGCCGCACGCGAUACUGCGCCUGGAUCUGGCAGGUCGCGAUUUGACCGACUACCUAAUGAAGAUCCUCACCGAGCGCGGCUACUCGUUCACGACGACAGCCGAGCGCGAGAUCGUGCGCGACAUCAAGGAGAAACUGUGCUACGUCGCUCUUGACUUCCAGCAGGAGAUGUCGACUGCUGCCGGUUCCAGCGCCCUCGAGAAGAGCUACGAGCUUCCCGACGGACAGGUGAUAACGAUCGGCAAUGAGCGUUUCCGCUGUCCGGAGGCGAUGUUCCAGCCGUCGUUCUUGGGCAUGGAAUCGAGCGGCAUCCACGAGACGACCUACAACUCGAUCAUGAAGUGCGACGUCGACAUUCGCAAAGAUUUGUACGCGAAUUCCGUGUUGUCCGGCGGCACCACCAUGUAUCCUGGGAUCGCGGACAGGAUGCAAAAGGAAAUCACCGCCCUGGCGCCGUCCACCAUGAAGAUCAAGAUCAUUGCGCCCCCCGAGCGCAAAUAUUCGGUCUGGAUUGGAGGAUCGAUCUUGGCUUCUCUGUCUACCUUCCAGCAGAUGUGGAUCUCCAAGCAGGAGUACGACGAGUCUGGCCCUUCUAUUGUUCAUCGAAAAUGCUUUUAAGCGCACGCUUUACGUUUCGCGCGAUACCGUCUUGUAUUUCCAGUGUUCACCCUAUGAUCCUUCGUUUCCCUCUAGGCUAUGUAUUUACUCAUCGUGUUAAUGUAUAUACUUUUCCUUUUUAAUUUAUUCG